UUCCACUAACUUUGCUGACGUAACCUAAAAACACAUCUAAAAACAUUAGUGAAGUAAAAGUCUGACAGUAGUGCAAAAUGUAAUAUUUUAUUUAUAAAAUUGAUAGUAUUGACUUGUGAUUAUCUAAAUAAUACAAGCCUUUUCUGAGGUUUUGUGACUCUAAUCAACAGUUUCGAAAAACAGCAAUGACUCGUAAGUGUGUAAUUUGUAAGAAGACGAAUUACAGAAAUGGAAGCAGUUUCUUUUCUGCCCCAAAAGACCCAGAAACUCGUAAAUUGUGGCAAGAUGCGAUUGGCAUUGAAAAUUACGUAGUCAAAGACGACACUUAUGUCUGUAGUAAACAUUUUUAUUCUACGGAUAUAAUUACUCAUUGGUUCAGUGGAGUUCCUCCUCAUGUUAUUACUAUAAAGUACAAAAAAUUCCGACUGAGGCCAGGCGCAAUACCAAAAAUUGAAAUAGAUCCUGAGGACAAGGAUCUCGAAUUCCUAGAGUGCGACACCGAAUUCGAAGUGAACAGAUCAGUUUCUCCCAUUUCCGACCCUUUACUGCCUCCGUCGAGCAGAAGCAGAGAAACAUUUUCCAUACCUCGAACAGACACAAAUCCCCACCAAGUGGAGGCCAAACUUGUAGACCUGGAAGACCUGGAGUCGGUGAAUUAUUUUGAGAACGAUCUCGCGAGCUUCUCUCCACCCCAUGAAUCUCAGAUGAUUCAGACAAACUACAAUCUGACGUCAGACAAGAUGACGCAAGAGGAUUUCGAGGAAGAUGAAAUUCUGAAUGGUCAGAAUUCGAUAGAAGAAAUUAAUGAAUUUGGUGAGGAGCAAGUGGAGGUGGAGGCGGCGGAAGUGGAGGCGAUGGAAGCACUCGACAGUGAUGAUUCUGCAUUCAAGAGUUCCUCAAACUUGAAUAGAGAGACGAUGCUUUUUGAAGAUCUGUUGGAAAUUUACACGGAAGUUAGUUUGCCGAAGGGGUGGUCCUCUUCCGUCAUUCCCAGAGGACACGGGACAACUGUCGUCUUCUCUCUGACGAAAAUAAACAAGAGUGGAAUUCCAGUGGUUGAGAAGCAGGUAUUCUUGAAAGCCAACAUGAUUUUGCGCUGCAGUGUCAGAAGUAGGAGUCUCGAUCCGAUGAUGCACAAUCUGAUUAGGGAACAAAGGAAUUUGAAGGUACAGACUCUGAUGGAUGUCGAGGAAUUGAUUGACGAGUUUAACAAGAGGCAAAUUUGCGAUGGGAAUCCAUCCAGGAAUCUCGUGAACAUUGAAGCGUUUUACGAAGGGACAAACUGGCGACACGCGUCCUGUCCCUUAAUCGUAAACAACGGAUUAUCCAAGUGUUCAAAGUGCGCCUCCCUGACUUCUUCGAGGAAACGAAAGUCCUCCGCUCUCACGGAGAGUACAUAUUCAGUUCGCAAGUCGCGCUUCGUCGAGAGACAGCAAACGACGAUCAAGUCUCUCGAGAAGUCAGUUGUCAGUGAACGAUUCAAAUCCAACAACUGUCAGCCAGAUCGACUCUCGCCCUCACCCUUGCCCCCGAAAACGGUCGGUCUACUCUCCGAGACCGUGGAUCUUCUCAGGAUUCCCAAAAUCCAGAAAUUGAUGAUGAAGGAGUGCCUGAAAUUGGAGAGCUACGGAGACGAGAACGUUGCCAAGUUUUCCAGAUCCUGGAUUUUUCUCUGCUUACUCCUGCACAGAGAAUCGCCAGAAAUGUACAAAUAUAUGCUGCUAAACAAGUUCAUGAAUCUCCCGCCAUUGUCGAUUGUCAGGAGGUACUUGAGCAGAAUUAAGACGGAUCGCGAGUUUUCCAACAUCUUCCAAAAAACCGUGAAACAAUUUCAAGUGACUGAGGAAGCAAGUGCAGCAAAGACAAAAUAGAAAAUUCUUACCAAUAUAUUCAAUUAGCUUCAAUAUAUUAUGUUACAAGAGAUAA